GGCAGCGACGGCGCCGGGCUGCGGGAGCAGCGGCCGCGCCAUGUGGCUGCUGGGGCCGUUGUGCCUGCUGCUGAGCAGCGCCGCGGAGAGCCAACUGCUCCCCGGGAACAACUUCACCAACGAGUGCAACAUUCCAGGCAACUUCAUGUGCAGCAACGGGCGGUGCAUCCCUGGCGCCUGGCAGUGCGAUGGGCUGCCCGACUGCUUCGACAAGAGUGACGAGAAGGAGUGCCCCAAGGCUAAAUCGAAAUGCGGCCCGACCUUCUUCCCCUGUGCCAGCGGCAUCCACUGCAUCAUUGGCCGCUUCCGGUGUAACGGGUUUGAGGAUUGUCCCGACGGCAGUGAUGAGGAGAACUGCACAGCAAACCCUUUGCUUUGCUCCACUGCCCGCUACCACUGCAAGAACGGCCUCUGCAUUGACAAGAGCUUCAUUUGCGAUGGGCAAAAUAACUGUCAAGACAACAGCGACGAGGAAAGCUGUGAAAGUUCUCAAGAACCAGGCAGCGGGCAGGUGUUCGUGACCUCGGAGAACCAGCUCGUGUACUAUCCCAGCAUCACCUAUGCCAUCAUCGGCAGCUCCGUCAUCUUUGUGCUGGUCGUGGCCCUGCUGGCUCUGGUCCUGCACCACCAGCGGAAGCGCAACAACCUCAUGACGCUGCCAGUGCACCGGCUGCAGCACCCCGUGCUGCUCUCCCGCCUGGUGGUCCUGGACCACCCUCACCGCUGCAACGUCACCUACAACGUCAACAAUGGAAUCCAGUACGUGGCCAGCCAAGCCGAGCAGAACGCGUCGGAAGUGGGCUCCCCGCCCUCCUACUCAGAGGCCCUGCUGGACCAAAGACCCGCAUGGUACGACCUCCCUCCGCCGCCCUACUCUUCAGACACCGAGUCUCUGAACCAAGCUUACCUGCCCCCUUACCGCUCCCGGUCUGGCAGCGCCAACAGCACCAGUUCCCACGCAGCCAGCAGCCUCCUGAGUAUGGAAGACACGGGCCACAGCCCGAGGCAGCCUGGCCCACAGGAAGGCACCACGGAGCCUAGGGACUCUGCACCCAGCCAGGGCACCGAAGAAGUAUAAAAUCCAGCUCUUCCAAAGUCCAUAUGGAUUCCUCUUCUCUGACUUGUUACCAUCCUAACAACUUGCGCUCAUGGGAAGCUCCCGGGAUGCCUGGAGGAGUGAUGUGGGGUGUCAGCUGUCUCUCCGUUCACCUCCUUCCCCAGAUUUCAGGGAUGUUCUUUGGAGGGCGACCUGGCACUGUUCUGGCCUCUCAGUUGCCCUGACGUAUGUGCAUCUUUUCUGGGCAGUUACUCUUCCUUCGGGGCCCAGGAUCACAGCCUCACUCUCCACAUCAUUCUGUUCCUGCUGGAAUCUUGCUGAGUAGGCGGCCAGAGAGUGCGGUACUUAGGUAGCCCUUGAGAGAGCAGUGUUUGUGCCGUCUGGGGUGCUCAGAAGGGCCGAGGACACUGGGCCAAAUUCUCUGUGGGCCGCUUCCUUAGAGCUCCAUUUGGAGAUUUGGGUUGGAUGAUCCUACCAGGAGGCUGUCAUUGUUUGGCCACUCCAGAGAGAAUCCAGGGGAGCAUCAGAACCCGCCUUGCACUAGGCUGUUCAUUGCUCUGGGUCGGGGCCAGAGAACA